AUGGUCAACUGUCAAAUCGAAAACAGCGAAAAUUUUAUAAAUAAACAAACAAUAUGUCUAAAACUAGUUAAAAUGCCUUCCCCCUGCAAAAUUAUAGCAGAUUUCACCUGCAAAUUAUCGGAAUGUCCCAGAGCGUUGCCGGCCCCAGCCACGGAGGCUACCGGAGCUCCAGCCACGACUACAUGAGAUGUCCCUUAUGCCCCCAAGACUGCAACGCACGUUACCACCCUAAAGAAAAGUAUAAAAUAAUAGAAACCAAGAUAAGUGAUGGAGACAUAAAAGGUGCAACCCAACUUAUGUUCUCCAAUGACUCCGUCGCCCCAGACACCCCCGAGACGCUACAAGGCCUACAAUCAAAGCACCCGCCACAGCCGCCUUCCGCCCAGCUCCCCGACGCCCCGGCCAGCGACUCCGCCCCGCUGCAGGUGCUCGGGACCGACGUGUACGGGGCCAUCAUGUCUUUCCGCUGCGGCUCCACCGGCGGACUGGACGGCCUAAGCCCCCAACACCUGAAGGACCUCCUCGCUAGCACCGGCCAGGCAGGAGAAACCCUGCUGAGCAAUUUGACGGCACUUAUCAACCUUAUGCUAGCGGGGAAGGUCAACACAUUAAUCGCCCCCCUCAUGUACGGCGCCAGAAUCUGUGCCCUCAACAAAAAGGAUGGGGGCAUAAGACCCAUCGCCGUUGGCUCCACCCUCAGACGUAUAGCUUCCAAAGUCUGCUGUCGUCAAAUUCUACCAAAGCUAAGCACCUACCUGCAACCCCUCCAACUCGGCUUCGGCUCCAAGGGAGGAUGCGAGGCCGCAGUCCACGCACUGCGGACUUAUAUCGAACACGACGGUGGCGAGGUUGUCCUCAAAGUCGACAUCAAAAACGCAUUCAACUCAAUAGACAGAGGUACAUUCCUAACUGAAAUAAAAGAACUCACACCAGAAAUAUAUCCAUACCUCUGGCAAUGUUAUUCAUCCCCAUCCAAUCUCAUCUACAAUUCAAAUCUCAUCCACUCCGAAGUCGGCUGCCAACAAGGCGAUCCGCUCGGCCCCGCCAUCUUCAGCCUCGCCAUCCACAAAACGAUAUCCUCCCUGAAGUCGAAGCUGAACAUGUGGUACCUUGACGACGGCACUCUGGGAGGCGAGUCUGACACCGUGCUCGACGACCUCCGUACACUCACGGACAAUAUGAGGGAAAUAGGCCUGGAACUCAACAGCUCUAAGCGCGAAAUUUUCAUCCCAUCACAUAUAUCCGAAACGAAACAUCUCUGCGCCUCCUCGGAGCUCCCAUCCAUGAACAGUCAAUUAACAACUUCAUAUCUGAAAAAAUGA